AUGGCCGCGCCCGGCCCCAACCCCCAGCAAAUGGCGGCCAUGCAACAGCAGUUCGCCGCAGAAGCCGCCAAACGAGGGAUGACGCCCCAGCAGUUCGCCGAGAAGCAACGCGAGCAACUCACAGCCGAUGCAGCCAAACUCGGCCUGACCCCCGAGCAAUACGUUUUGCAGUUGCGGGCGCGAGCAAUGCAAGCUCAUCAGCAACAAUACCAAGCUCACCAGCAACAACAACAAGCACAAGCACAAGCCGAGGGACAACAGCAGCCUCAACAGCCUGCUCCCCAGCAACACCAGCAUCAGACUACACAGCAGGUUCCCGUGAACCCCAACAACCCUCCUGAUCCCAAGGCGAUUGCCGUGGCCAACUGGCUGCGGUCGCAGAACCUCAAGCCACGUACAUGUAUCAUGGACGGGCAGCGCAAGGACAUGUUCAAAGUCAAAAGAGCAAUUCGCGCCAUUGAAUCCCCCGCAUACGCAAAAGCCGCCGCAAAGAAAAACUCCCUCCUUCCCCCCGUGACCGACCGUGCCUCUGCCGAGAACGUAUUCAAGCUUCUCCCGCUUUCUCUGCUGGCACUGCGAGUGACCAAGGUCGACCCGCAUGCUGGACACAACCACGCCAAGCCCAAGAACCGCACCAAGGGCCUCUGGACCGUCAAGAUCGAGCAGCAUCAGGAGACCGAUCCAAUGAUGCACUACGUCUGGCUAUAUGAUGGACCCCAGUGGAAGCAAAAGGCGAUGGCCGCCGCCGUGGUGGCAGGUAUCUUCGCCGUUGUCCUGUUCCCACUGUGGCCCAUGAUGCUGCGCCAGGGAGUGUGGUAUCUGAGUGUUGGUAUGAUGGGACUGCUGGGACUGUUCUUCGCCAUGGCAAUCUUCCGUUUGAUUCUGUUCUGUGUUACUGUCUUCACUGUUGCGCCCGGUCUGUGGCUUUUCCCCAACUUGUUCGAGGAUGUCGGAUUCUUCGACAGUUUCAAGCCUCUGUGGGGCUGGCAAGAGACCAAGAAGAGCAAAAAGUCCAACAAAGCCAAGGCCCAGGCUGAGUCUGCGUCGGCCGUUGAAUCCGCUCCUGCAUCAGCUCCUUCCGCUACUACAUCCUCCGCCGAACCUGCCUCUGCUCCCUCUGCGGCGAGGCGGAACUUGACUGCUCAGGUGGAAGAAGUCGAAGAGUAG